UCCACCGGUAUCUAGUCUAGACUCCGAUCGUACUCUUGGCCAUUCACAGUAUAUCUCCUUCAAGGAAGCGCUUGAGCAGCACGAAUGAUUAACCUGAUUUGGAAUGAGUGAUUCCAUAGGUUGAAGGAUGUGAAUGCUGACAGGCGCAUCACCGGUAAAAUGGGGAAGCUUCCAUUUGCGGCAAUUCCUGUACAACACCGAUAUACUCUGUCAGCGAUCGCCUACGCCGCGUCUAGUGGCUGUGACAUCCAGCUGCUUUUUUGAGUUUGAGGGUUCAUCUGAGAGUGGAGACGCACACAAGCGCCGAGGGAGUUCCACCGCACUCUGGGAAAGCGAUCGUCCAUCACGGCCUUCGUCGCCCCAUCACGGAACCUACAAAGAACACCGUCACCUGUCACCGCUUGCUUGCCGAAAAACAUCCAUUAAAACAUCCCACUAGCCACUCGUGCUCCAGGCCGUCUUAUCCCACAUUGACAGACAGCUCCCUAUCGCUCCAAGACCAACUAUGUCGGCAUCUACCACCAUCACGCUCAUCACGGGCCCCAACCGCGGCAUCGGCCACGGCAUCCUGGCCACGCUUCUUGCCCGCCCUAACAACACUCUCAUCGCUGCUGUCCGCGAUCCCGAGGCCCCGCUAUCCAAAGCUCUGAACGAUCUGCCAAAAGGUGAAGGAAGCUCACUCAUUCUCAUCAAGAUCGACCAGUCUGUGCCCACCGAUGCUGCUGCCGCCAUCAAAUCCCUCGAUGGCAUCGACCGCAUCGACACGCUCGUCGCCAAUGCCGCCAUGGCCGACUUGUGCGUCAGUGUGAUGGAAACCCCCGCCGAAGACGUCCGUCGCCACAUGGAUAUCAACCUCCUCGGCGUUCUCACCCUCUUCCAGGCCGCUGAGCCGCUCCUCAAAAAGUCAACCAAGGCUAAGCUGGUUGUGCUCAGCUCCGCGUUAGGCAGUGCUACGCUGUGCACCGCCAUGCCUGGCCCGUGGUUCUGCUACGGUGUCACAAAGGCGGCCCUCAAUUAUCUAGUGCGCCGCAUCCACGUUGAGCACGACUGGCUAGCAGCCACCGUGUUGCAGCCGGGCUGGGUGCAGACUGACAUGGGCACUCUUGCGGCGAAGAGCAUCGGCAUGGAAAGCGCGCCCAUGAAAUUGGAGGAUAGUGUUGCGGGCUGCGUCCGCGUCGUCGACGCCGUGUCGCGUGAGAAGUACAAUGGCGAGUGGGUAGAUAGUGAGGAGAAGCCCGUUCCAUGGUAA